AUUUUCUUAAUAUCGAAGGAAGUUAAGUUAAGUUAACCUCAUCAUAUUGAUGCCCCCUCUCUAAAUCACAACCAAACUCGUUUAUUUCUCACUAAUUUCCUGCAUCUCACCGGCGAUGUUAGAAAUCGAUUUACACGAUUUGUCCGACGAUGCUGAUUACGCCGCCUCUCAACAGCAAGGUUCGGUCAAUUUGUUGCGGACCAAUAGCUCUAAGAGGAGCUCAUCGACUGAACUAGAUGGUGCUGAAGUUGUUUACUUGAAGGACAACGUUGCAAUUCACCCAACUCAAUAUGCUUCGGAAAGGAUAAGCGGUCGCUUGAAGUUAAUUAAGCAAGGAUCUUCCUUGUUCAUGACUUGGAUCCCGUACAAAGGAUUGACGCCAAAUCCAAGGUUGUCUGAAAUGGACAUGAAUCUUUACACCAUCCGUGCAGUUCCCUUUACAGAUAUCAGGUCAAUUCGAAGACACACUCCUACACUUGGGUGGCAAUAUGUGAUUGUGGUUUUGUCAUCAGGACUAGCGCACCCGCCUCUGUACUUUUACAACGGUGGAGUUAAAGAAUUCCUUGCUACCAUCAAACAACAUGUUUUCCUUGUGAGGUCUGCUGAAGAUGCAAAUGUUUUCCUCGUGAAUGAUUUUCAACAUCCUUUACAGAGGACUCUUUCCUCAUUGGAAAUGCCAGGCGCAGUUUCUGUUGCGAAUGGGCUUUCUUCAUCUGGCCCAUUUACUGGGUCAAGCUCCAGAGAAAAUCAAGAGAAAAAUGAUAGAGGAACCUUUAAUGGAAAUGCCAGCCACUUCACACAGAAUGGAAAGCAGAGAUAUAAGAGUCAGGAUCCUGCUCGUGAUAUUUCAAUUAAUGUGUUGGAGAAAUUCUCUAAGGUUACAAGAUUUGCUAGGGAUACCACUUCACAGAUCUUCCGAGAAAUUCAUGGAGAUGCUAGAGAUAGGAGGUCCCAUGGCCCAUUUCUUGAAGAUUUUCCUAAACCUGUAGCAUCCAUUGAUACACAAAAAGUUCCUGAAGAAACUCCUGUGCCUUCAGAUCCUGUGGAGCUCGAUAAAUUGACAAUAGUCUGGGGACAACCACGCCAGCCUCCUUUGAGAUCUGAAGAGUGGUCUAGCUUUCUGGACUCUGAAGGAAGAAUUUUGGAUCCCAAAGCCUUGCAAAAGAGAAUAUUCUAUGGAGGAGUUGACUACAAAUUAAGGCGUGAGGUCUGGCCAUUAUUACUGGGAUAUCAUGCAUUUGAUUCAACAUAUGCAGAGAGGGAAUAUCUUGUUUCUGUGAAGAAAGCCAAGUAUGAAACCAUAAAAAAUCAGUGGAAGAGUAUAUCUUGGGAACAGGCAAAAAGGUUUACAAAGUUUAGGGAGAGGAAAGGUCUCAUUGAAAAAGACGUGGUAAGGACUGACAGAUCACUCUCAUUCUAUGAUGGUGAUGACAAUCCAAAUGUCAACCUUUUAGGUGACAUAUUGCUCACGUACUCAUUCUACAACUUCGACCUUGGUUACUGUCAGGGAAUGAGUGAUUUCCUUUCGCCUAUAUUGUUCAUAAUGCAAGACGAGUCUGAAUCAUUUUGGUGUUUUGUUGCACUGAUGGAACGUCUUGGACCAAACUUUAACCGUGACCAAAAUGGAGUGCACUCUCAACUUUUUGCAUUAUCAAAGUUGGUGGAGUUAUUGGACAGUCCAUUACAUAAUUACUUCAAGCAGAAUGAUUGCUUAAACUACUUCUUUUGCUUUCGCUGGGUCCUCAUUCAGUUCAAAAGGGAAUUUGAAUUUGAAGGAACGAUGCGGUUAUGGGAAGUAUUGUGGACUCAUUACUUGUCGGAGCAUCUUCACUUAUAUGUGUGUGUCGCCAUCUUGAAGAGACAAAAGAAUAAGAUAAUUGGGGAGGAAAUGGAUUUCGAUACUCUGCUCAAGUUCAUAAAUGAACUGAGCGGCCAUAUUGAUCUCGAUUCAGCCCUAAGAGAUGCAGAGGCACUGUGCAUAUGUGCGGGUGAAAAUGGACCGGCUUGCAUUCCACCUGGAACUCCUCCUUCAUUGCCCGUUGAAGAUGCUUCGUUUUACAAUCAACAAGACCAAGAUGAUGUAUUGUAAACUUGGCGGUUAUAUCAAGUUGGUUUUCGUACGCUCUGUAAUGAUAAUAAUAAAUAUGUGUACACGAUUUGUAUAUCGCCCUAGCUAUAAGAACUUCUUAUUCAAAUCUUUCUAUUAGUUUAUAAGUUGCUUUUAUUUUGGUUAACUGUCUAUAUAUAUUGGUCCUGCUUGGAAACAUUAUUAUUUAUGUUUGUGUAUCU